UUGUCGUGCAGGUCACAGCACUGUUUCCAUCUGUUUCUUUCCCUCGCUAGCGUUAUCCACGAGCUGGUAUUAAAUACCGGUGGCGACGUUCGCAAGGUCCAAAUCCAUCACUCGUUAGCGACUGAGAACUCAGCUGGUCCAUCCGUGUCGAACACGUCAACCCAUCUCGGUGGCCUCCGUCGAGGACGUUUUGCUUUGCGAGGAACCAUUCUAGAGUUCUUAGUGUCCAUCUGUCGUCUGUCCUCAUUAUAUGACUAG